AUGAAUGAGCCUCCAACAAGUUGGGAUCUUUCCGAAGAAGAGAAUUCAUCAAUAUCAUUAACAACAACAAAAUUUGCAGGAUUAAAUAUAAAUGCUACUGACUUUGUUCCUUCAUUUGCAUCGAAAUCAACCAAUGUUUCAACACAUGAAAAUCAAAGUAAUCAAUCUGAAAGUGGAACUAUGAACACAAAUAAUAUUGAAUCCGAAGAUGUACAACAAAUGGAAGAAGAUAUUACGGAGAGAGAACAAGAUCAAUUUCCUGAUGAUGAUUAUGACAGUUCGACAUGUUUUUUUCAUGCUUUACAAUUUGAUUUAUUUGUUUAUUAA